CUCAUUGUUUUGUUUGGACUUUAGAGUAACAAUUUUCCGUUCCUUAAAUUUCUUCUAAUUUUCUAUGUUCUCUUCAAACCUCAUCAAUGGAAGAAGAUCCAAUUGCCUUCGAUCCUAAACCCAACCCUAACCCUAACCCUAACCCUAACCCUAAUUUUAAUCCUCUUCUCACACCUCCAAUUGACGAAUUGCAUCUCUUAUCUAGCGAUUUCUUUCAGGAAAAUUUUGCAAUCACCGGCGAUGACUUCGCUUUCGACAUUGACUUCGACUUCGAUCUUGACGAUCUCUCUUUCGGCGACGACAUUCUCUUGGAUACAUCGCCUUUAGAAAACCAUAAUUCAGGUCUUUCUGAAGUUUUAGAGAAUCCCAAUUGCGGCGAUUCUGAUGAUAAUCCAGAUCUUAGGGUUUACGAUUGUUCGUCUUCGGAGGCUAAUCAAGGUCCAAUUUCAUCAGAAGAGUCGAAUAUUUUGGCGAAAUUGAGUUGUCCUUCGGAUUCUGGUAAUUCUGCGGGUUCGCAGUGUUUUCGUAAUUCUAAUGAUCAUGAUGUUUCUUCGAGUUCUUUUGUUGAUAAUAAUAAUAAUAAUUUAUCGCAAGAUAGGAAUAUUAAUGUGGAAGAAUUAGUUGGAAAGAGUAACAAUAGUAAUAAAAAAUGUGGAAUAUCUAAGAGAAAGAAAGAAUAUGAGCAUGAAAAUGAACAAGUUGAAGAUGGUAGAACUAAUAAGUUUAGGAAAUCAUCGUCAUCAAUGGUGGAAAAUGGAAGUAUUGAUGUGGGUGGUUAUGAUGAAGAUGAUAAGAGGCAAGCUAGGCUAAUGAGGAAUAGAGAAAGUGCACAUCUUUCUAGGCAGAGGAAAAAACAGUAUGUUGAGGAGCUUGAGGAGAAGGUUAGAUCAAUGAAUUCGAUGAUUACGGAUUUGAAUGGGAAGAUUUCGUUUAUGAUGGCUGAAAAUGCGAGUUUGAGGCAGCAAUUGGUUGGUGUUGGGGUUUGUCCGACCCCUCCACCGCCUCUGGGGAUGUAUCCCAUGCCUCCUAUGCCUUAUCCAUGGAUGCCUUAUACACCUUAUAUGGUUAAGCCUCAAGGAUCUCAUGUUCCGUUGGUUCCGAUACCUAGACUAAAUAAGCCUAAACAACCUGUUCCGGCUCCAAAGCUUAAUAAGAAAAAAUUGGAUGGGAAGAAAGGUGAGGGGAAGGCGAAGAAGGUGGCGAGUGUUAGCUUUUUGGGAUUGUUGUUUUUCAUGUUGCUCUUUGGAGGGCUUGUGCCUUUGGUCAAUUUUAAAUAUGGUGGAGUUGGAAAUGGGUUUAAUCAUGUACAAAAGGGAAGUGCUUUUAUGGUUGAUAAGCAUGUGGGGGUUUCAGAGGGUAGAGUUAGUAAUAGUCACGAGGGAGGAUUUCAGCAGUCAAAUAGUUUAGAGGGGUUUGGUCCAAAUGGUAAUUUGAGUGAGCAGCUGGUUGCGUCACUGUAUGUUCCGAGGAAUGAUAAGUUGGUGAAGAUUGAUGGGAACUUGAUUAUUCAUUCGGUUCUUUCCAGUGAGAAGGCUAUAGCGUUCAAAACGGUUGAGGGAGUUAGUCCUACUGAUGAAACAAGCCUGGCUAUCCAUGGUAGUUAUCCACCUUAUCCUACUCCUGGACCUGGGUGUGAUAAUUGGAGAUGCCCUCACCUAAACACAAAUCAAAAUGGAAGGCAACGGGCUCUUGGUUCUGGUUCUUAUGAGUUUACACCAGCUGAAUCUGAUGGCAAGCUUCAACAAUGGUUUCGUGAGGGACUUGCAGGGCCUAUGUUGAGUUCUGGAAUGUGCACUGAAGUCUUCCAAUUUGAUGUCUCACCCACCCCUGGAGCAAUAGUUCCAGCUUCAUCCAUUGUUGAUAUGACCUCAGAGCGCCACCAGAAUUCUACUCAUACUAGCAAAUCGAGGAAUAGAAGGAUUCUUCAUGAUCAUACUAUUCCCCUUGACGGCCAUAAACUAAACUCUACUGAAGAGCACGUGUCACAUGGACAGAAUGAUGGACUUCGGGGCAAUGUAUCUAGUAGGUCAAUGGUUGUUUCUGUUCUCAUUGAUCCCAGGGAAGCUGGUGAUGAUGGAGAAAGGGUGAUUGGAUCAAAGACCACGUCUCGGAUCUUUGUGGUGGUUCUAAUCGACAGCAUCAAGUACGUUACGUACUCUUGUAUGCUUCCUUUUUUAGGUUCAGGCAAUCAUCUGAUGACCACCUGAGCAAAUCGAGAUAAGAAUAGCAGAGUGAAAAUAUACAUUUCCUCCACAGUUUUGUACAGUUCUAAACUCUAAUAGUUAUGUACUAAAACUCUGUAAUUACACCAAGAAACAUCUGUAAAGUGAGUUCUUGUCUU